AUGGCCCCGGACGACGGCGGCGGCGUGCCCUGCGACUACUGCGCCGCGCAGCGCGCGCUGCUGCACUGCGCCCAGCACGGCGCGCGCCUGUGCCUGCUCUGUGACGUCCCUGUGCACGCCGCCACCGCGGGCGCCCACGAGCGCGCCCCGCUCUGCGAGGGAUGCCACGCCGCGGCCGCCGCCGCGCGCUGCGCUGUCCACCGGGCCUUCCUCUGCGCGCACUGCACGCGUGCCGCCGGGUGCGAUGCCGAGGGCCACGCUUGGAGCCCGACGCGCUCCUACACCGGGUUCCCGGACCCCGCCGACCUCGCGCGCAUCCUCUACAUUGACGCUCCGCGCGGCGAGGUGCCGCCGCCUUUGACGCCGCCGCCACCGCCGCAGAAGCCUCCAGACACGUGGGUCCCUGACCUACUCAACGUCGAACUGAAGCCAACAGAUUUGCCCGGCAGCAGCAGAUCUUGCGACGAACAACGCAUUAUGAUGAACGAGUUGCCAUCAAGCAGUCUCAUCGAAACCGGGGGCAACUUUCAAAAGCAGGCGGUGGCCGGCGACGGGGCAGCAGCGGUUGCCGACGGCGUGCCAGCAGCGGCGGCGGCCCUACCGACCGGCGGCGGCGAAGGAGAUGCUGGUCUCUUCACACAAGACUACCCCGAUUGGUACAACAACCUCCCCGAAGACCCAGCUGGUGCUGGUGGGCUACUGGACGACUUCAACUUCGUCGACGACUGGAGCUUGACCGCGCCCCUGGUAAACUCGCUCAUUGACGAGCCAGAGGCGGCGUGGUGGUCGUCAUCGUCGGGUUAUGAUGCUGAUCCUCAGCCGUUAAACCCAUCAUCAUCAUAUUCUUCGGAAACCGUAACCCGAUCUUCUACUGAUCAUGCUAUGGAAUCUCUUACCGGCAACAAUGCAGCUUUCCGGCUCCGCAAUUCAGUGAUGAGCACUGCUGCAAACACGAGCACCAGCAUGACGCCAUACCAGCUGGAUCUGCUUACUCCUGUUCACCAGCAACUUUCUCUUCAACAAGGCAAGACGCCAAACCCGGAUUGGCUUCUUCGUCCUCCUCACCAACUUCCUCCUCAACCAUGCAAAUUCUUCAACAGCGGCUUGCCGAUGUGGCCUUCGGACGAGUUCCCAAGCAGGCACUUGGGUAUUGAUGAGCAUUUGGCGCCGGCGGCGCUAGGCAGCACGACGGUCCUCCACCAAGACCAGGACGCGCCUCUGCAGCAGCAGGCGGCGUCCUCGGUGCCGGUGCCGGUGCCAGUGCAAGGAUCAAGCCGAGACAUGGAGGCAAGAACCAAGCUGCAGGAGAAGAGGGAGGAGGCUAAGCAGAGGUACAAGGACAAGAGGAAGAACAGGAGGUUUGGCAAGCAGAUCAUGUAUGUAUCCCGGAAGGCACGAGCAGACACACGAAACCGAGUCAAAGGCAGAUUUGCAAAGGCGUCUACUAGCGGCAGUGGCGGCCAUGGCGACGAUUAUCUGUCAACACAGCAUGGCCAUGGCCAUGGCGAUCGAAACGGCGAUGAUCACCCUACACAUUCCUAG